UUCCGAGCAUGUUCAAGCCCUCAGUAAGUAGCACGUUAUUUUAUUUGAUUGAUUUAGUAUAUAUAAAUUAACGCAAUGAUUGUAGAAGCUCAGCUAACCUCAUAACGUACUAGAUUGGCACAAGGUAGUCCAAUUCGUGAAUGACAGAGGUACAAGAGUGGAACAAAAAUUAGAGGUCAUCGUAGAUAUGGGGGAAAUGGCUCAGAGAAAUGUGUGGAAAAAGAGGUAAUGUCUGUAUCAAUAACAAAUGCAAGACUUUACAGACAUGCAUCUAUUGUUUCGAGCAUCUAAAACACCCUUGUUUUGUUGAGGAGAAGACCAAGAGGUCAACAAAGGGUAGCUUGAUACGUGUAACAAUCCUAAAUGUGUCUCUAUAGAGCAUGGUCGAUUUACCAAGGCUUGGGAUGCCCUCUCAUCUCUUGCAAUAAGUCUAUCUGGAU